GAGCACUUCCUCCAGGAUGUUGUGAUCGGUGCUGCUGUAGAGGAACGGUUGGUUCUGGCUCAGGCUUGUGUUCAGCUGCUUUAUCUGAUCAUUAUAAACACACUGCAGGGUUUAAGAGCUUCAGAUCCACACAAUGUCGUCGGAGGAGUUUGAGAAGCUUCAUGAGAUGUACAGAUCUCUGUAUGACGAGCUGAAGCUCACCUCUGACCGAGUGACUCGCUCCCAAGGCGAGGAGAAGAAGAAGCUGACGCGAGGCUUUGAUGAGCGUCACGGAGAAGCACAGGAGCUGCUACAGGAGAUGGAGCAGGAGCUUCUCAGCGCGCCGUCCGCCUUCAGGAACUCCAUGUCCUCCAAAGUGCGUCUGUACCACAGAGACCUGGGGAAGCUGCAGCGCCAUGUGCACGCCUCGGACACCGGGUUCGGCUUCCCCUCGAGGACGGUAGACAGUGGGUACGGCAUCUACGCCACCGAGAACGAACGCAGCACCGAGCAGCAGGCUCAGCGAGCGUUACUGAUCCAGGGCUCCGAGUCUCUGAACAACGCCACGGAGAGCAUCGCACGCAGCCAGCGCAUCGCCGUGGAGAGCGAACACAUUGGCACUGACAUCAUCGAGGAGCUCGGACAGCAGAGAGAGCAGCUGGACCGCACCAGAGACAGACUGGUUCACACCGGAGAGAAUCUGAGCCGCAGCAGAAAGAUCUUGCGCACCAUGUCUCGCAGAGUGAUGACCAACAAGCUGCUGCUGGGGAUCAUCAUCAUCAUGGAGGUGGCCAUACUGGGAGCUGUGGUCUACAUCAAGUUCUUCCGGCACUGAGACGGAGCGCUCCGAACACUCUCUGUCUUUCUUUUCUCUGUCCUCUUUCUCACUGGGAAAAUGCAGCGAGACGGAGAAUCUGGUUCUGGAGCCUUCUGUGUCGCGUCGUUAGUGGAGACUGGGAGGAACUCGCACAGCUUUUUAAGACUUUUAAGACUCUUUUUCUUCUGCACGGAUGCAAGUCUGUGACAUCAAGCAUCCGUGAGGAACAUACGAACACUCUUUUGGUAAAGUGAUGGAUGAGAAGUGGCGUAAAGUGACUGGGACUGAUUAGUUAACACUGCAGUAGGAAUGACCUUCGACUGACCACUUUAACCUGAUUUAUUUAAUGGAAACACUUUGUAUUUGUCUUUCAGGGUAGCAUUGGAUACAGUAUUAAAGCGUCUAUGGAAGGGUG